UGAUGGGAAAGCUCAGGGACUCCGUGAUGCCCGUGGACCCGCUUAGCAACUCGGGAUUGCUCUGCCAGGCGUGUGGAUUUAUCCUGAUCAACCCGCAGCAGGCGGAGUGCGGGCAUCGCUACUGCACGGGCUGCGUGAACGGGCUGUUCAGGGACGCAGAAAGGGUUCUGUGCCACACUUGCAAGACACGCCUGAGUCGCAAACAGUUCCACAACGACAAAGCAGCCGAAAACGAUGCUCUGGCCACAGAAGUUGCCUGUCCAAAUUUUGACUGCACUUGGACCGGAACCCUGAGUUCAUACCAGGAGCACACCUGCCCCCCUGUGGCACGCCUUGGAACUGCAAGGAAAGCGCCCUUUGCCCUUGGAGAUCAGAAUAAGGAUGAAAAGCAAAAGCCCUGUUGGAGCCUCAGUAGCCCCCUCAUGGGUGAUCCUUCCUUGAACAUGGAAGCUGUCCAACUGCGCAUGGAGGCCUUGGAGCUGGUGGUGGUGUCUCUUCGUCGACAGCUGACCAGCCAGGUGGCCACAGUGAAGUCCCUCCAGCGCUGCUGCUCCCAGUAUGAGAAGAUGCUGAGGACUUCUCGGGAGACGCACAUCAUCCCCCGUGGGACCAAGGAGCCUGGCCCGACGUCUCCCGAGCUGGUCAGCACCGACGGGGUCCUGGUGUGGAAAGUGGAGAACUUCUCCAAGCUCUUGAAGGACGCCAAAGUCGGAAAGAGGCGCUCCAUCUACUCUCCAGCCUUCGCCACCCAUGCUUUUGGGUACCACCUCUGCGUCCGGCUGUACCCUGAUGGAGAUGGGAUCGGCCAAGGCGGCCAUCUUUCACUCUUCCUUGCCUUGGCCAAGGGGCCCUAUGAUGACGUCCUUCCCUGGCCCUUCCAGCAAAAGGUCACCUUCACCCUCCUGGACCCCAAGCGAAGGAAGUCUCCUGUGACUGAGACCUUCCUUCCAGAUCCCCACUGUUCCUCCUUCCACCAGCCUCGGGAAAGGCUCAACGUGGCCAGCGGGAGCCCCCUUUUUGCCAGCCACCUCGAGAUUCCCAGCUACCUCAAAGACGACGCGCUGUACCUCAAAGUGGUGGUGGAUUUGGCAGGGAUCGAAAUUUGAGACCGGAAGCCAAUGACGGGGAGCUGAAUGGUUGGUCUGUGCUCCUUCACUGACCCCUUGCCUUGUCCUCCCAAGGUGCUCUCAGUUGUUCCUAACGCUCUUCGGCUCCAUCGUCCCAUCCCCACCUCUUUCUCCCCAACACCAAUCGUGUUCACUACAAUUCCCAUUCUAAAAUGGGCACUCAGCUACCUCUCAGGGGAGUCCAAAAUCUGGACGUUGCUUGUGUUGGGAAUCAUGGAAUGUCAGCCCGAUUCACACUCAAGUGGA